AUGGCUUUAAACCAAGGUUCUUGGCUCGGGGAGAAACCAUAUGACGACGGUGGUCAGCGCAAUGCCGGUGGAGAAUUGCAAUUUUUUGAGUGUAGGUACUGUAUGAGCUUAUUUGUAUCAGUAAUCAAGCCACCAAGGUGGACCACGACCAAAACAAAAAGAUGGGCAACAAAUGCACAGUUAGUUCAUAGGAAAUGUGAAAGUGCAGAGAAGUCUGGUUCCGCAUCCUCUGUACCACCACCAGCUACGCGGGUUCUUUUAGCUAUGGGGUCCUGUCUCGGCACAAAUCAUUCGAUUAGUCUGCACCAAACAGGGGACUUGAAUUUCGCUCUUAUGAGGGCUCAUCAACAGUGCACAUCCUUGAAUGUGCCGGGAUUUGAAUUCCAGACAUCAGACAAGCGAGACGAGCGUGCUGGAAGAUACUUGAUGAACACACACUGGACACCAGCCAACCACACCGCUCGGUUCAAGUACUUCCCCUCUUUGGCGUGGAUGAAUCGGAACAACUACGCCGGGGUAGGAGGACAGUCCAAACGAGAGCCAUAG